AUGUGUACAGUAUUGAUGACAUUAGCGUUGAAAAUAAUCGAUGUACUUGUGCCAAGAUACGCGGACUUAAAACAGUCAGUAAUACUUGGAUGCAAUUUCGACGUUGGUCAUGGUAAAUUAUACUCCGUUAAGUGGUACAAAGAUGAUCACGAAUUCUACAGGUUUGUUCCAGAGGAUCGACCAACCAUCCAAGUGUUUCAUCUUCCUGGUAUUAUAUUGGAUUUAUCUCAUUGUAACAUGCGAAAAAUCACACUAAGUAAUCUCACGUUACAAACUAGUGGUGUUUAUCGAUGUGAAGUCUCAACAGAUGGACCAAAAUUUGAAAUGGUUUUUAAGUCCGCAAACAUGAAUGUAUUAGCAUAUCCGGAAGGGAACCCUUUGAUAGAGGGUGUACUUAAUCGUUAUGCGGUUGGCGAUCUUUUGUCGGGAAAUUGCACGUCCUCCAAAUCUUAUCCGCAACCGUUGAUGACAUGGUACGUCAAUGGCGUUCAAGCUAGCAAUAAUCAAAUGGAGAAUUAUCCCGUGUUGGUCAAUCCUGAAGGCCCUUUAUAUUCAAAAGCAGUAGGCAUUCGAUUUAAGGUGGAGAAASAUCAUUUUCAAGGACCCAAUGACGAGCUGGACUUAACUUGUGAAGCAAGUCUCAUACAAGAACAAUUGAAAUGGCGAAAAAUGAUUGUUAUCCAAUCAYUAACACAGUCAUAUACAGAAAAUAUGUUCCUAGAGAAGUACAGAAAUAACAUAAAUACAAUAAAUCCUGGGAAACAUAUAUCGACUCUGGCAGCUCUUUUUGUUGCAUCAUUCACACAUAUAAUUGUAAACGAUACGUGACAGAAUCUCAUUAACUGUAUUUUAUGUACAAAUGUAUAAAUUAAAA